AUGGGUGACCAAGGCCAUCAAGAUGAUCUCACUGCAGCAAUGCAACUGAUGCAACAGCAGAUGAUUCAAAUGCAGCAGACCAUCCAAGCUCGGCAGGAUGCUGCUGAACAGGCUACUCUCGCGCGGCAGGAACAACAAGUGCAGACUGUUCCGAUCGGGGAGAGAAACCUUCCGCAUAACAUCCCUACUACGCGCUCUGCCAUUCUGAUUGAGAACAUGGCUGCUAGCUCAAAUAAUAAGAAAGAGGAGCGAGAUUUCUCCAAGAAAGAGAACAGUUCCGACACCCAAAAAAUAGAUGAGCUGACUGCCAAGGUUUAUCAGUUACUAAAAAACAACCAAGGGCACGUCUUCGGCAUGGAGCAAGCUACGGCCGGGCAGAUUCAGAACUUGAAUCAGCAACAACCGCAGAGCAAUCAGCAAGUUGUUCCAGUUACCGGGAACAGUCAAUCAGAUGAGCUGAAGGGUCCGAGUAUGAUGACGCAACAUUUGUUGCAGGGUCAGCAGGUUCAGGCCAAGGCGUUGAAUCAGGUAACCACGGAAAUGGACACCAGGAUGGGCAGCAUGUUCACUGAGCUGAUUAACAAGACUGAGCACUGUAAUGCAAUAGAGCAGCAGUUUACUGAGACUGUUCUAGGCGCAGAAGAGAACACAGAGCAGUCUGCUAGCUCUGCAGUAACUGCUCCCGACGAAUCUGCUGAGACUCCACCAUCUCGAGUCUAUGUUCCCAAGAGAGACUCAAGAGGAGAUCAAGGUCCUCUAUACCAAAGCACUGUCUACACCAGCACUGAAGUCCCAUAUGGAACCAUCCGCAGCCUUCAUGUUCAAGUAGGGGAAUGCGUUGUUCUGGCUGAGUUUCAAGUUAUUGAGAUGAACAAGGAUCAUGAGAUGCCUUUGAUAUUUGGAAGGACAUUCAUGGCUACUGUUGGAGCAACCAUCGAUAUGCCAACCAAGAGAGUCUGCUUCUCCAACAUCAACAAGAAAGUUUUGUACAAGAAAGUCCAGAAGAAAAGGGUCAACGGUGAUCCUAUGAUGACUUUGAUACCUCGCUUGUGUGAUGAGAAAUCCAUUGAGUAUGAGAAAGGAGAAGCUGCUGUGAAAGGGUUGCUGAGCAGAGUUCUAAAGUUGAACAUGUCUGAUUGUGGAGCUUGUUUUGGAACAAGUCCUCAUGAUCAACCCGACUGA